AUGAUCUUAGGGUUUGAUGAUGUUCGAAGUGAAGCAUCAGGUGACCUCGGCCACACUCUUUUCGCAAAAGCCUUCACAUCUCCACUAUACAGUAGCAGUAAGAGCUGUGAAGGUGAGGAUGAAAACUAUGCCUCCAUCGGUUUCAGUGGAAAUGUCUCAUCAAAAGCCAGAUUUGGUUAUAGUUUUGUUGGUACCAUUGUCUCGUUCAACAUUGUACAGGCCUAUGGUUUCUCACAGAGCGAGAUUGAAGUAAUAGCUAUGCUUGACAUCCAAGUAUACGGUGGACUGAAGCUUCCUAAUACCCAAGCAAAUGUAUUCCCUAGUCCAGUGACCUCCAAGGAAUUCAGGCCCGACUUUGAGGUAUUCUUCAAUACAUCCACACCGACCCCAAUCACGCAAUACUAUCCUUCUUCUUUGGGGACUGCUAAUGGUAGCUUUGAAAUGCAGGCUAUGUUAUUAGGCGAUGGAUUCUCGGAUUCAACGGCUGGCACGGCUAGAUUUGGUGCAUUUCGCGAUGCCUUUGUGGCCAUUACAUCCGACGACAAGAACUGCCCUUCCUUGCAAGCAGGUAUUAGUGGUGCUCAAAUUAGCCUGGAAAGUGCCGCAGGUUCUUUCACGCCCUGGAGUGGUGAUGACACCUCUCAGCAAAUAUUGAGCCACACAAAGUCUUCCGAUCUGCCGACGAUAUGUCCUAGAUCAUUCUCUGGAAGAUCCAUGAUAUUGCGAGAUCUCCCUAAUGAUGUGAUAAAAUACCCCGCUCCUUAUGUUUUUGGCAAUUAUUAUCUCAUCACAUGUGCUGUGGGGCUGGGUGCAGGAGAUUUAUUUAUUGGACCUCAACCAGGAGAUCCAGAGUUCUGUUCCACUUCCCCUGAAAUGUUUCCAUAUUCCGGGAUAUUCGAUGACGAUGGCUCAGAACUAGAAUAUGAAGACCCGGAAGAUAUUUGA